UGGAUGAACGAUUUUCUUUUCGCUUUUAUGCAUGCAUAAACAGGAAAAAGCGAAUCGGCAAUACACUUAUAAUAUAGCAAUGAAAACAGAAACAAUAAAAGAGAACAAUUCCUUGAAAGAGGUCUUACAGAAUUUAGGCAAAUGCAUACCUAUCGUACUUAUUAUUUAUUUCAUAUUCGGACAAAUUGUUUCAAAAUCGAAAACUACAGUUUUAGCUGUACCAUCAGACAGAUAUAGAAUAGUAACAGUCAAAUCAUACAAAAAAGGUUCAAUUUGUCCAAUUUUACAAGGCGGAUUAGGAAAUAGAUUAUUUCAGUUUUCUACAGCUUUUGCAGCAGCAAAGUCUAAAGACAUGGAUGUUUUAAUUCCUUCAGAUGCCCAGAUUAGACAAAUAUUCGAAAUAAAUGUAACAUUCACAAAUACAAGCCAAUUCUGUAAAGGAUUACCAAAAGUGCUAGAUAAAGCGUCCCCAAAAUACGAUCGUAACAUUUUAAAUUUUAGUUCAUCAAGUAACAUUCAAUUAGGAUAUGGACUCCAGUCAUGGAAAUAUUUCUAUAAAUAUGACAAACAGCUAAGAAAACAAUUGACAUUUCAAAAGCAUAUUAAAGACGCUGCAAAACAAGAAAUUGACAAAAUAUUGCAGAAAAGAAAUAUAACAUCUCGUAAAGAUAUAACUUUAGUCGGCGUUCAUAUAAGGAGAGGUGAUAAAGUCGAUAAUAAUGACGGUUUUAAUAUUGCAACCCCGGAAUAUUUGAACAGGGCAGUUAAUUACUAUGUUACAAAAUAUAAAUCGGUUUUAUUUAUUGUGAUAUCUGACGGUAUGGAAUGGUCUAAACAUAAUAUGCCUACACAUGUACCAAUUGAAUAUGUGUCUUUAGGGAAAAGGGAAAUGGAUAUGGCAACUGUAGUUCAAUGCGAUCAUACGAUUAUGACAAUAGGAACAUUCGGUUGGUGGAUUGGAUACCUAACUAAUGGAGAAGUGGUGUAUUUAAAGGAUGCUGCCAGAAAAGGUUCACGAUUUGAACGGAUACUUAAUCAUAAAGAUCAUUUCUAUUCAAAUUGGAGAGGGCUUUAAUCAAUUAAACAUUAAACAAUCCGAAAACUUGCCGAUUAUUUGUGAAAAUUGUGGAAAUUGAAAGUUACACAUGCAAACCAAAGAGCUUCAAAUUUGACGAUUGGUUUGUCUUUAUAUGUCGAUCUUAUAUAGCUCUGCAUUGAAUUACACACAUUUUCCCCAUUCUUUGUUGUUGUAUUCUCCAUAUUAACACAUACGACAACAAAUGAUUUUGAUAUCAUAUGUUCGAAAACAUCCAUGAUAUAAUUGCACGUACAUACAGGACAUGAGACAAGAAACAGAUUACAUCAUACACAACGGUAAAUGAAUUUUUUCUGUAGAUCCUUAUUCUCGAAACUUAUAUUUGGCGGCUGUGAUGAGAGUACUGCUUUGAUUAAUCAAAAUAAAUUUAUAUAUAUAUAUGAGUUCGAAUCCCGGCGAGGGAAGAACAAAAAUUUGCUUCCGCAAAAUUUAUUUAACAUUGUUGUGGUGAUAUUUAGAGUAAUUAUAUAUAUAUAUAUAUAUUAAGUCUAAACAAGUGAUAACUCUACGACAGAUCCAUCCAUUGGAUCAUCAGUGAAGGUGAUACACGGCUGAAAACACAUAUUGUAUUCAUAAUUACUUUAAAUAUCAGCACAA